CAGAACAGUGAACCCAAUUUCCGUUGCUAGCCAGUUGGGUGCUAUGAAAAUUGGCAAAAGGAACAGGAAAUCGAGACGCGAUAGCUCUAGCUCAUCGUCAAGUAGCAGCUCUGGCAGCUCUAUCAGCAGCACCGGCCACAGAAGCAGGGCCAAACGGAAACGGCGGGAUGCAUCCUCGGAGAGCACCAGCAGCAGUACCAGCAACAGCAGCAGCAGCGGCAGUAGCAGCAGCUCUAGCGAUUCUAGCACGGAACGCAGGCGUAGAAAGAAGAAAUUGAAGCGUAAACUGUUGAAACUCCAAAAGAAGGAAGAGAAAGCUCGCAAGAAAGCGGUACGCAAGGAGAAAAAGGCUAAACGGAAGCAGAAGCUGGAGAAGAAAGCAGCCAAACGGAAGGUGAAAGAAGAACGAAAGGCUGCUCGGAUCCGAGAGCAACAACCGGCGCCAACCACGGACAAGCCCGACGAUGCUUCCCUGCUGGAUUGUGGUGUUCCCCUAGGGUUGAUGAAUCGAAAGGCAAGAGCGCCGGAGACAAGGGAAGAAUACGAAGCCCGGCAGUCCGUAAUUCGCCGUGUGGUCGAUCCGGCAACGGGCCGGGCACGGCUGAUUAAAGGUGAUGGAGAGAUAAUCGAAGAGUUCGUGAGCCGUGAACGCCACCAGGAAAUCAACCGGCAAGCCACUGCGGCCGAUGGGGCCGAGUUCCAGCGUCGCACCGUCGGAUUCAACAAUGUCCCGUAGUGUUUGCUAUUUCGUGAGGUUCUUGGUUUCGGGGCAAAUAAAAAUCCAAAUUUAAUUCCAAGAAAUCCAAAAUCCAAAAUUAUUGUCUCUGUCAACGCACCUUUGACAGGUAAUUCUCGGGAAAAACUGACAGCGUUCCGGCGAAGAAGAUUGCUGAGGAUGUUGCUGCGUGAGUGAAGAAACUGCAAGUGCUGCUGCAAAAGAACAAGUUCUAGGUCCGUGCCAGUGAGAGUUUGGCCAUGGAGUGCAUCUGCUGCUGCUGCAGGGUCGACGGAACGUUUAUCCGGUGCCUAGUAUAGUUUAUCCGGUGCCGAUUGAGAACCAGGAUAUUGUGUA